AAGUUUGUAUGAAAAUAAAUCAUUGAAUGUCAGAUUAACAAAUGUGUUGGUUGAGUCACCAGAAAUAAAUAAUAACAACUCUUAGCUGAUAACAUUUGAAUUUUAUUUGCAGGUGCUGCGAACCACUUUAAGCAACAGGCUAGCAAAAGUACAAGGCUUCCUAUUUCGUGCUGCCUUUCUUCGACGUGUGCCGAUGUUUUUGCGAUUAAUUACAGAGAAUAUUGUUUUGUGUUUCCUCUCAUCAACUAUGCAGUCUACAUCAAAGUACAUUACUGGGACUUUGAGUCUGCACUUCCGGAAAAUAUUGACUACACUUAUCCAUUCUCACUACUUUAAGAACAUGGUGUAUUACAAAAUAUCACAUGUUGAUGGUCGGAUAACUAAUCCAGAGCAAAGAAUUGCCAGUGAUGUUCCAAGGUUCUGUUCAGAGUUAAGUGAGAUUAUACAGGAUGACCUAACUGCGGUGACUGAUGGCCUGCUAUACUCUUGGCGGCUUUGUUCAUAUGCAAGCCCUAAAUAUAUCUUCUGGAUAUUGGCCUAUGUACUCGGAGCUGGGGCUACAAUCAGAAACUUUUCUCCUGCUUUUGGUAAACUUAUGUCCAGAGAGCAGGAAUUGGAAGGAGAGUAUCGGCAGCUUCACUCACGGUUAAGGACUCACUCAGAAAGUAUAGCAUUUUAUGGUGGAGAGAGGAGAGAAGAAGCUCAUAUUCAACAGAAGUUUAGGACCUUAUUUAGACACAUUAAGAGAGUGCUACAUGACCAUUGGUGGUUUGGCAUGAUUCAGGAUUUUUUAUUGAAGUACCUUGGUGCUACUGUUGCUGUUAUUUUGAUUAUUGAACCUUUCUUUUCUGGCCAUCUAAGGCCUGACAGUUCAACUUUAGGGCGUGCAGAGAUGCUAAGCAAUCUGAGAUAUCAUACUAGUGUCAUUAUUUCCCUUUUUCAAUCUCUAGGAACUCUUUCCAUUAGUGCAAGACGGUUGAACCGACUCAGUGGUUAUGCUGAUCGUAUUCAUGAGUUAAUGGCCAUAUCAAGAGAGUUAAGCUUGGAGAAUGAGAACUUUUCACUGCAAAGACAAGGAAGUAGAAAUUGCAUAAGUGAAGCUAACUACGUUGGAUUUUAUGGUGUCAAGGUUGUGACCCCUAAUGGUAAUGUAUUAGUGGAUGAUCUAACUCUCAAGGUUGAGCCAGGAUCAAAUCUUUUGAUUACAGGUAUGAACUCUCUGCUUGGUGGGUGCUUCUGAUUUUGCGAUUUUUGGGUGGUUGAAUCAACUUUGUCAAUUGAUGUUAAUUCAUUACCCCUUCUUUUCCUUUGUUGCAAUAAUCAUUCUCUUACAUGUUAUUUGGGGGGCUAGGGUUAAUUAUUCAUUCAUUUCUGGGGCCUAAUUUUUCUUACAUGCAUUUAUAGUAUCCACAUGACGGGAAAUAUGGCUAGGGUUGUGCACUAUUGGCACUGGAUGUA